GCCUGUCUAGUAUCUGGCGGUGUGGUUGUGUGCGGUCGGACUGUGGUUGUGUCUCAGGACUGCUCGUGUUGAUAGCGACACACCGAGGACGCGUUUCAUCGCCGGGAGAUGGGAGUGCAGACGGGAUGGCUCUAAGACGACUCGCCCUCACGCUGCUGGCCCUGUCCGGGCUGGCGGCCGUCGGUAGCGCUCUGCGUUGUAACUGCACCAACUGUGAGAAAUCGGGCUUUGAGUGUGAGACGGAUGGCGCCUGCAUGGCCUCCACAUACAACAUCGAGGGGAACGAGCAACAUGUACGCAUCUGUAUAGACCGGGACAACCUGGUCCCCCCUGGACAGCCCUUCUACUGUCUGAGUGCCGAAGGGCUGCUCAACACACAUUGCUGCUAUGAAGAUUACUGCAACAGUAUUGACCUGAAAGUUCCAGUCCCAACAACGAGGUCGGUAUUAGGAGGUCCCUGGGGGCCGGUGGAGCUGGUGGCGGUCAUUGCAGGCCCGGUGUUUCUGCUAUGUGUGCUGCUGAUGGUCGGAGUGUUCCUGUUCCAGUAUCACCAGAGAGCCUACAGCCACAGGCAGAGGCUGGAGGUAGAGGACCCCUCCUGUGACCAUCUUUACUUGGCCAAGGACAAGACCCUGCAGGACCUCAUCUAUGACAUGUCCACCUCCGGGUCCGGCUCUGGUUUGCCCCUGUUUGUACAGCGGACUGUGGCCCGGACCAUCGUGCUACAGGAGAUAAUAGGAAAGGGUCGUUUUGGUGAAGUGUGGAGGGGCAAGUGGCGAGGAGGAGACGUGGCGGUGAAGAUCUUCUCAUCCAGAGAGGAGCGCUCCUGGUUCAGAGAAGCCGAGAUCUACCAGACAAUCAUGCUUCGGCACGAGAACAUCCUCGGAUUCAUUGCAGCUGACAAUAAAGAUAAUGGCACUUGGACUCAGCUCUGGCUGGUGUCAGACUAUCAUGAGCACGGCUCCCUGUUCGACUACCUGAACCGCUACUCCGUCACCAUCGAAGGCAUGAUCAAACUCGCCCUGUCCGCCGCCAGCGGCCUGGCUCACCUCCACAUGGAGAUCCUCGGCACUCAGGGUAAGCCUGGUAUUGCUCACCGUGACCUCAAGUCUAAAAAUAUCCUGGUUAAGAAGAACGGCAUGUGUGCUAUAGCUGACCUCGGCCUGGCAGUCCGCCACGAGUCCAUCACAGACACAAUCGAUAUAGCACCGAACCAGCGCGUGGGCACCAAGAGGUAUAUGGCUCCAGAGGUUCUCGAUGAAACCAUCAACAUGAAACACUUUGAUUCCUUCAAGUGUGCCGACAUCUAUGCACUGGGGCUGGUGUACUGGGAAGUAGCGCGUCGCUGCAACACAGGAGGUAAGACCCUUAUUAGAGAAAGAAGAACCCUUAAUGUUCUUGACGGAACCAGUCGAUGUGAGGAGCCUGAGACUUACAGUUCCUUUCCAUUGUGUCCUGCAGGUAUCCAUGAGGAGUACCAGCUGCCCUACUACGACCUCGUCCCCUCUGACCCCUCCAUAGAAGAGAUGAGGAAGCUGGUGUGUGACCAGAAGCUCAGGCCCAAUGUGCCCAACUGGUGGCAGAGCUACGAGUCACUGCGCGUCAUGGGGAAGAUCAUGAGGGAGUGCUGGUACGCCAACGGCGCGGCCAGACUGACAGCCCUGCGCAUCAAGAAGACUCUGUCCCAGCUCAGCGUGGAGGAGGACAUCAAGAUGUGAGAAUCGGGCGCCGUCAGAACAGUUGACGCCCCGGAGCCACGCAGCCAGACAACACUCCAAUAGGAAAGAAACACUAAAGACAGACUGCAAAUGAAAACCCUGCCAGUUUUAAAGCCACACUCCAAGUUGUGACAAGGCCUACCUCACCUUUUUAGCCAAAACUACUGAGAACCCCCCCCCCCCCCCCCCCUCUCCCUUGUCCUUAACUUUUAUCUCCAUCCUCGUGUCCCCCCCCCACUGUCUCCCUCGACCCCUCCCUUCUCCAUGGGCCACAACACUACCACUGUUCAUACCAUCCCACUCAACCUUUCUGUUUUCAUCUCCCAUGGCAGGAAUUAUUACUAUUGUACAGCGACGGGAUUUGAUCAUCUUUUUUUACCUGUGAAACUUCCCCGUGACGGACUAACCUUGUCCAGACGAGUCGAGCAUGUUGUGGGUUUGAUGUUUUAGAGAAAUAACACUUUAUAACAAGCCCCCCCCCCCCUCCUUUCUGUCGGAGCGUCCCACUCUGCUGUGUGAGCAAAGAGGCUGAAGAGCUGCGUCCCAUGCGUCUGGACCACGAGACACUCGGGCGUCCUCUGGUCUCGGCUGUAGCUCGUUAGACAGAAGCAGUUGUCAGCCAUUCAUUCUGUUGAUUUUUAGCAUGAACAGCUGGAAUGUGCAUUUGCUUCUCUUUUUUUUUAAAUCCUUCAGACAGAAAUUAGUUGCACUCAACUGUAGCUUCCUCAUCAUGUGUGAGACCUUCAGGUAUAACCCGUAAUCAGUCCUGGUGUUUUAAGUGUGAAACGUGGCAGGGAUAAUGUUUGGGAGGGUUUCAAUUUUUAAUUUAUUUGUUGAUAUUUUUUUAUUUCAUAUGUUGAUGAACACUGUGAGAUUGAGAUGUGACAAGCCAGAGUCGUGAUGUGAAAUGUAACGCUGUCGUUGAGUCCGAGCUUUCGCCGCCAUUUUUCCAGACGAUGGAAGAUGAGGAAGAUGAGGAAGAUGAAGGGGUGGUUGCAUCUUUUAAUAAAACACUCGGUUCAGAUCUGGAUGUAGCUGUGACGCCCUUUAGAAAACAUCGGGCACACUGAACGAAUAAGAAGCGUAUGAAAUGGCAAUGAAAAUACAGUUUGUUUUAUUUUUCCUCAAAUUAUAUUUUGUGUUUUAUAUAAAGAUAUCAUGAUGGGGUGUUUUUUUUUUUUUUUAACAUUGACACUACUGAUGGGUACAUAUGAUUUGUAUAUAAAACAUGCAUUUGUUCCUUUUUUUAUACCACAAGCACCAGUGUGAUAUGUUUUUGCUUGAAUGGUACUUUUCAGAAGUCUGGUAUGUGAUCUGUCCGCAUGGUGUCCAACUGUGCCAGGAAGUAGCCUGUGUCAUUUGCUGGAAUUUGUUAUUUUUUCACUUGCUCCUCUCAUGGCAAUUCGGUGGUACUACUGAUCCCAGUUGAUUCUUUUCUUUGUUUGUUUGUUUUUCCUUGCAUCUUCUGUUUUUGUUUUGAAAUGUAUAUUUGUGGGAAUCACUUUACGAGUUCUUGUCAGAGCUCAGUAAUGCCGCUCCGCUCCUACAUAAGACCUCUUUCUCAUUGACACUGGAACAUUACGGCGCAUCGUGUAAAAAAAAAAAACCUGAACGCUGAUUAUAGCCACCGGUGGUUUCCGAUCACACGCAGGGAUAACGCAGGUACAUGUGAAAAGCAGCUCAGAGGUUUCACUUGGAAGACGGACUUGCUGUAAAGUGAAACCGCACGUUUUCAGUGUCCUCUUGUCGCCUGCAGCUGCGAGUGGCUGCGGACGAGACUAUCAAAGUAUUACACUGACGUUCUGUCACCAUCAGGCUCUGCACUGUUACGUCCACAUGGACUUUAGUUAAUGUUCAUUACGUCAUCACUUGAUCAAGAAUCCGUGUCAUGUUGUUAUCCAUUUCGCAUGCUGUCUCAAACACUGGCUCCUCUGCACUAAGGUGGAUGAAUUCUUGAAGUCUUUCCCUCUUCCUGCCUGUUGUUUAUUUCUCUUUGAAGACCUCCUGGUGUUCAGGCUGUUGGCUCUUACCCCGACAUGUUGCUGCUACUGUUAACACGGGGAGAGGUUUGUCAGGCAUAGUGUAGCAGGGGGAGGAGACGAGCUGGGGGGGGAUGGGGGACUUCCGUCACUUGAACCAAAACAGUCAAAAACACUCCAGUCCAUGUUUGGUUUGUUGCCAUGGGUAUGUGUUCAUCCGACAUCCUGUUCAUUGUGUGAUUCUUCAAGAUUCAAAAAUCAUGUUGUGCAAAAAUCUUUUCAGAAUGAGUUCAACAGUGUAAAUAGAUGAGAUACAAUAAAUUCCUCUUUUUCUUA